GCCAAUUGUUGAUGCUAAGAUUUGUUGGGGAUGUUGAGAAAGCAAAGGUUGGCAAGGGAUUGACUGUGUUUGAAGCUACAAAACAGCAAGCGGGAGAUAAGAGGAAAAGAGAGAAUAGGGAGAUCCUGGUGUGAUUGAUGGAUACAAGGGACCAUAGAGUAAGUUUGUUGAUGAAGAAACUAUUGCUAAACCAUCUGAGGAAGGGUCGACAAUACUUGAGGAGUAUGAAUUAUCAAAGAAAAACAAAUCAAAGAAAGAUGAUAUGAAACCUUCAGAAGAGAAAUCCACAUUACACAUUAAAGAUGCAUAUGACUAUCAAGGAAGAUCAUAUCUUCACAUUCCACAAGAUCUUGGCAUUAAUCUCAAGUCAGAUACUCCUCCAGAACUAUGUUUUCUACCAAAGCAACAUAUUCAUACGUGGUCUGGUCACACUAAAGGUGUUUCUGCAAUAAGAUUCCUUCCGAAAUCUGCUCAUCUUCUUCUUUCGUGUAGCAUGGAUUGUAAAAAUAAGAAACUGCAAGAUGAUAUUCAUGUAAGCGCCAACGGCUCUGUUUUUGUAAAAUCUAACAUAAGACGAGGAAUUUUAUCCAGGUAA